AUGGCCCACGUACGUCAUCCUCUGGACGAGGAUCAAGAUCGUGAAGACGCUCCAUUCCUCCACUCCUCCGACCCGAGCUCCUCAGCAGCACAUCGUCAUGUUCAUUCCAAGCCCAGCAUCGGCAGCCGCCCUGUCGAGGCUAAUGGCUCCGCUGGCGCCAUCACAUUCCGCUUCAAACUCAUCCUGUUCUCCAUGAUCCUCGCUGUGGAAAUCGGCUUCGCCUUCUUGGAGGGCCCCAUGACCCGGAUCAUGGAGGCCAUUACCUGCCGGCAGUACUUUUUGGUGGCUGAUCCGACUAAGAUCGGUGCAGAUGGACAGGUGCCAGAGGCUAUGUGCAAGAUUGGAGAGGUACAAGCAGAAUUGGCUGCGGUGAAAGGGUACCACAUGUUCUUUGAUGGGACUUUAUGUGCUUUAUUAGCAAUUCCAUAUGGUCUGCUGGCAGACCGUCGUGGCCGCAAAGCCACGCUCGCAUUAUCUCUUCCCGGGUUUGCGUUGAACACGGUCCUUACGCUCACUGUUCUAUGGUUUUCGAACAUAUUCCCUCUCCGGGCCCUCUGGUUUACUGCCUUGACAUGGCUUAUCGGAGGGGGCCCCGUCGCGGCAUUUGCUAUCAUAUGGACUAUGAUGGCUGAUGUCACUAACGAAUCAGAACGAGCGGGUAUAUUCUUUCAAUUCGCCAUUGUCUCAAUGGGCGCGGACUUUGCUUCUAGUUCAUUCAGUUCCUAUCUGAUGACCCUAAACCCGUGGAUCCCAUUGGUGAUUGGAUUCACAAUUGUGAUGGGCGGCGUGACGCUCAUUCUUCUACUGCCAGAAACAAAGCAUGCUGUGCCAGACAAACCCGUCCACAUGGCCCCUGUUGAGCUUUCUGAUUUGACGGAUGAAACCGAGCCGAAGCCUUAUAUACACCAAGCUAACCAGUCGGAAUCAUACCACGACGAAGCCGACGUCAAUGGUGACCGUGCAAAUGAACCUCCAUCUUGGAGUAUUCCAUCUUACUCCCAUCAGUCCUUGCUCGCCAAGUUCCGCGCCAACUACCGCUUCUACCUCAAGCCAUAUAUCUUUAUUCUCAACCGAAAACCAGUGCUGCUACUCCUCACAGCAUUCCUAGUAUAUCGCCUAAGCCGAGGUUCGUCCUGGUUCCUGGCCCAAUACAUCUCGACCCGUUAUGCUUGGACCUUAGCCCAAGCCAACUUUUUGGUGGCCUGUCGACCAAUUGUGUCAAUCCCACUAUUCCUCUUUGGCUUGCCAUACCUCAAAAGUCGGGUCCUGAACCCCCGGCGCUCAUCAACCGAGAAAGACCUCUGGCUCGCUCGUGGAAGUAUAUUCUGCUUGACAUUGGGGACCCUGGGAAUAGGCCUUUCCCCAUCCAUCGCCACCUUGAUCCCAAGCAUGGUUGUGCAGGCAUCGGGAUCCGGAUUUGUGUUCAUCACUAGGUCAAUUAUUACCACCCUGGUUGAAAGAGAUGAGACAGCUCGCCUAUUCACUGCGGUUGAGAUCAUCCAGUCUCUCGGCAACGUUAUUGCAAGCCUAUCCAUCACUACCGUCUUUCAGGUUGGUCUGCGUCUUGGUGGGUUCUGGAUUGGACUGGCAUGGAUGAUGACCAGCACCUUGUUCUGCCUUGUCGGAGUGGCUAUCUGGUGCUUUAGGCUGCCUCCUGCUCCUCCUGCCCCAGAAUUUGUGGAUAACAAUUAUGAAGAGGAUGGUAAUCCUCUAUAG